AACAUUUUUGCCUCAAGAAACGUGGCGAGUUCAAAUGCCAAACACAAUUAAGCCGGUUUCAUCGAAUGAAAAGCAUGUUCAAAUACUGCAUAGCGGUAAUACAGGACUAGACGGGCACUGGGUAUGCAGUUAUUUCGACGUUCCAGAGGCGACGUAUCAAAUUCCCACAAGUUCAACAGCAAAGUAAUGAGUCCGACUGUGGAGUCUUUGCCAUUGCAUUCGCAAUAUCGCUUUUCAACGGUCAUAACCCAUCACAAAAAAAUUAUGAUAUCUCUCAGAUGCGAACACAUCUGAUGAAAAAAUUAGAGAGCAACGUCUUGGAAAACUUUCCAUGCGUUAACAAGCAAAAGACUACCGCUUCGACAAAUACUGGUUCCUCCAGAAAACGUCAGGCACCUGGCAAAGUUGUCGCGGGACAACGUACACAACAAGAUGAAAAAAAGAAAUACUUCAGACAAGGUAGCACAAGUCAGAAAUAACCCUCUGUCAACGAAAAUGUCGCAUCCACCGCACAAGGAUAUGAAUAAUAAUAAUGAUGACAAUGAUAUCAAAAAAGAUGAUGACAAGUCAUGGGAAUCGAUUCGGAAAGAUAUAACCUCAGCAAAGCCCCCAGUGAAACCACGUGACAGCAACACAUCCGGACGUACAUGAUCCGGUCGUGGAUGAUCGGUUACAUGAUCGCAACGUACAAAGCAUCCUUUCCGCGCGUAUCUCAGUUGUUCGAAAACGUAGAGAACAACACAAAAAAUGUUAUCAUACGAAUGUCGGAGCGUAGCGGGCACGGCAGCGAAAACAUUAUGCCCUAAAUGUCAUGAAGCGCACAGCUGGACAACGAGAACUUCAUCUCUGUAAUAAAGAAACACGCCGUGCCAGAAAAACAUAUAGAUAUCUGCUUGACAAUGAUAAUCAGUGAAGUCUGGAACGUAAACGACAUUUGUCCUAUAUAGAAAAAGAACGUGAACGGCAUCUUGAGUGGUAUGCUGCCCAAAUGGACAGAGAACGCGCGCAAUUGUGAGCCAAUUAUUUACGCCGUUGCGAUCCACAGCGUUUGCAGAUGCAGUACGAUGAAUUUAAUGACACACAAACCAAGAGGAAUAAUGACGUACGACAAAAAAUGAGUGCCGCCAGCAGAAUCAUUACAAAAUAUCGACUUAUCCGCGCGGCCAAUUCGAUGACUGUCAGGCAAUGUAAAGAGAAAUAUGUGACAAAGAUAUUACUAAAAAUCAGUGAAAAAUGCAGAACUGAGAGCAGAUUAAAAGCAGAAUUUAUAGUAUAAUAGUGUCUCCCUAAAAGAGAAUGUAACAUCAUAGCGUUAAAAAGAAAAUUAAUGGCCGUUUAGAAGCAGGCACAAAUAUUGUCAACAAAAACUGCCGAAUGUCGCAAUUACAGUAUUGAGGAUAAGCUAGGUGCUUUAUCCAUCUAAACACAUUGCUUCCGGUGAACCCUAUUUUGCAGAAGCCGCAUGCAAGAGUGUUCACUUAUCAGACGCAAUCAUAAUCAACCGAACGGGGCAAGCAGUAAAAAUCUUGCCAUUGGCUGAGCCGACGAAAAAAUCAAGAGGCAUGAAUAAAAGUUGGCUCUGCGGUAACAUGUGCAAAACCCGAGAAAUAUAUCAGCUGAAUAAAUACCUCAGUUUUCUACAAAUCACAUCGAAUUGCUCAUUGAAAAAUAUGAAUAAAUUCAUUGAGCGAUUGGAUUGUACCGUGAAACACAUGGACGUCAAGCUGGGUCAUUCACAAGCGUGUUACAUGGAUAAUGCCAGCUGCAAAUCAAUUUUUUCACCCGUACCGAUAUUAGCAUCAUAUUCUGAUGGCAUUGAUUUACCGGUUCAAUUUAAUGAGUUGCCAAACAAAAAUCUUCAAGGACCUGUCUUUGAAUCAGAAUGUGAACUCGCAACUACACAUCUAGUACCCGAACCAAUCAAUCUUCGGUCUCGUGACAAGAUUGGGAUGCUGAGGCUUCCUGCUGGAUGGGUUGUGUGUAAUAGACUACAAACGAGUGACGAAAUUCUCAUACAUGUCAAUGAUGACAUUCAAAUAGAUAAAAGUAUUCGGUUUACAGAACUCGAAAAUGUAGAAAUCAGAAUGAGGGGUGUCAGAUAUGAGGAAGAGGUUCCCUUUAAAAUUGAUACAGUGGAUGUCGCCCAAACUGUCUUGAAAAAUAUUGAUGAAAUCAGAGUAUGCUGUGGCACACAAAGAAGAUCAAAGCUCACAUAUUCAUCUGACCAGCUCAUGCACCUACUGAGAACCCUAGAAGAAUAAAUCCUGAGGUCAUAAUGAACCACAAAACAACUUCUUGUUUUUGGUGUUAGAUCGCCUCGAAGAUGUCCCUAUAAUAAAGAUCGGGUGUCAGAUACAUCGGACAGAUCUAACAAAAGCGGUGAUAAAGUUUUAUCUGAUUAUGCGCAUGCAUUUCUUGUGCAAAAGUAUUUUGGAGCGUAAAGCUUCACCUUUCAGAUCCUACGAGUCAAUUUGAAUUGCGUUUUUGCGUUCACUGGUUGUACUCUCCUGAUUCAAUUCAUGUCGGAAACGUCAAGUGAACUUUUGACUUUGAGAAGGUGCACCGAGUGUCUCGGUCGGUACAUUUCAAUUUUUUUGAUGUCAUUUUGAAGGUUAAAGUGUUCCUUUGAAAACACGUCCUUGAAAUUCUCCGUACGAUUUUUUCUGCAUGAGUUAUGCGACUCUAAAGCAGUUAUC